GCACAAAACGGCUGUGUAGUACUGUACGGACGGACGUAUCGUUCGUGCACGCAAGGCCAAGGAUGAGACGAACCGCAUGGAAUGCCAAACUCGCGACUUCUUCCAGCAGGAUUUUUUUCUGUCUCCGGCUCCACUAGCAAAGCUCAUAAAAAAUGUCAGUGUGACCGCUGCAAGGCCUGAAGACGAGCUCCCCGGGACACUAAACGAUCUUCCCGUGUAUACAAUUUCUUCUGCACGGUUUGUUGUUUUGGCCAAAUAUGUCAUCCGUGCAAGCAGCAGAAAGUAGCGGCACCGGUGCUACUGUUGACAACAACGCGUGGACGCACGGCAUCACCGAGUGGCUCAACAAAAUGGCCGGCCUGUCGGCGUACUUUCUGUCGGCUCUCCAGUCGGGAGAAAUCGACGUUUUGGACGUUCUGCUCAUCUUUUGGGUCGUUCUGGCCGCCGUGGUGGUGGCCACGGUGUCAUGGUACGACUCAAUGAGGAGACCCAAGGGCCAGAAAGUUGCUGGUGGCGGCAGGGACGGCGGGAACGGGGCCGUACGCGGAAGUCCGGGAAGGGGCGGCUGGAGCGAGGCGACGCCGGGCCAGACGCCCGGAGGCCCCGGGGAGGCCGGCGCCGAGACGUGCCGGUGGUUGAACUCUCUCGUUGCUUGGAUGUAUAUGCACCAGUCGCAGGCCCCCGGACAGUUAUUAACGGCCUGGUUAAAAGCACUUAAUGAUCAGACAAGAAAACGAGGGAGUUCUGUUCAGGUGACCUUUGACCGACUGAAGGCGGGCAGUCUACCUCCUAAAAUUAGUGCAAUCCGAGCGGAGGCCGGCCCCAGGGAUCUGCUCACUGUGACGUGUCAGGUAGAGGCUACAGGGGUAGCGUUUGUCAUCUUUGCCACCCAGCAGACGGCCAGCAGUGUCAAACUGUCCACCUGCGAUGUAGCCAUAGAGAAACUCAUCGGGAAGCUCAGAGUACAGGUGCAAUGCAAAGUGCAGUGUGUGUCUGAUGAGCUGCUGCAGGUCAACGCUGUGUUUGAGAGCAAGCCGGACUUGUCGUUGACGGUCCGACCACAGACGUCCAGCAAGAAUGAUCCGGUGGAUUUGAUGCUGGUGGAGGAGAUAGUGCGCGGGGCUGUCAUGGGGGCAAUGACCUGCGUUGACCUUUCCACCAAGACGGUGCCCAGAGAGCUGUUGACGCCCACGGCCGCGCCCAUCAACAUGUCGCAGCGUACGGCGUUCCACCAGCCCCCAACGAACGCCAACGUGCGGAACAAGCCAAUGACUGGUACGCCGAUGGGUCGCACCCUGACCGCAGCAGACAGAAGACUGUUGGUCAAAGUUAUCAAGGCCAACGGUUUGCGUGAGAGAGAUGGCACCAGCGCCAGUGACCCCUACUGCGUGGUGACCAUUGAUCAGCCCAGUCAGAAACACAAGACCAACAUCAUCCGCAAUACCGUCAACCCGUUCUGGGACGAGCAUUUCUUAUUUGAGCUGAAUAAUUACUCCAGCGAGCUGAGGUUUGAAGUUUACGACAGAGACCGGAUGCUGAGAGACGAGUUUCUCGGCGAGGCGUUGAUUUGUCUGGACUCACUGGAGCGCAACCCGAGCAGUAGGCAGAUUAUCCCCCUGCAGGGCCGACUGAGCGAGAGCGACAAUAUCAAGGGAUCGCUCACGGUGGAGUUUGUGUUCUCACUGUCGCCCGAGGAAACCGAAUCGGAAAUGUUGAAGAGGUUUGUGUAUUGUCCUCAAGAGUUCUCGCCAGAACCCUCUGCUAAGGAACGGUUCCUUUUCCCCGGAGAUCAAGGCUGGGAGGCAAAUGAAGGGUUCCUCUUCAUGGAGCCAGCCGACCAGGUCUGGAUGGACUCCACCGGCUUCAAGCCCCGUCACCCGGUCUCGCCGACUAAGCGCGUGGAGACUCAGCGCACCGUGGCCCCGGACGGCACCAUCAUCACCACGGUGACUACCACCACGGCGAGACCCAAGCAAUUGGGCGACCGACGCGGACCCAGCAACGAAAUGCCGACCAGGGUAUUGACGACGUCCUCGAUCCUCCCCGAGCCACAACUGGCUACUUUCACCGACGCGCCGCCGGCCGACACGAUGGAGGUACCAGCUGAGCAGCGACACAGCAACAGCUCUACCAUGACUGACCCAGAAAUGUUGGUGGUUUCCGGUGGGCCGCACUCCGUCGCAGACACGGCUAUCAAACACCUCUCGGAGAGUUCCAAAGACGACCGGCCCCGGACACCCACAAAGAAGAGCACGCUCAUCAUACACGGCCUAGCACAGGAGGCUGGCGGUGAAAAGACACCCACAGAAGAUUUCCUGAUGACAGACGAUCCGCUCGGUCCCAAGGAAGGUGAUAGCAUAAAAAGAGAUGCGUCUCCUAGGGGAAGCAAACGCCGCUUCUUCAACUUCAAGAAGAAGGAUAAAGACAAGGACAAGCGACGCACCAGCAGCACGGAGGACACAUCCGUCAACGGGUCCGAGACGCCGGGCAGCGAGGCGCGCAAAGGAAGCGACGCGCGGAAGGGCAGAUCCAACACACUGGAUGUCCCCAGUAGUGGUAGAAGCAGAGAAUCAUCGCCAAGUCGCAUGAAGAAGCGGGUCUUCAGCUUUCUGAAGAAGGACAAGAAAGAUAAAAGUCGGCCGUACAGCUCCAGCACUGACCUCCAGAAUGGGGCGGAGCAUCACAGCCGCCAGGGGGAGUCGCCCUCCCCGACCACACCCCUCAGCAGCACAGGCAGCAGCCUGUCGGUACCCGGCGGCGGCCGGUCCUCGAGCACGGGCGACCUCAAGACAGGGAAAGUCACGGACGAGCAGAGGAGGUUAUCGGCUGACGCUAGGCAGGGGAAGGAGAAAGCUAUCGGCUCGCCGGUCUGACACGGCAAACGAAAUUCCUGAAGCGUAGUGCAUGCAACGUUUGGAGGUUUAAGGAUCCAGCAUCUUAGCGCCACUUGUAGACACGCAAACAAAGUUAACAGUUGUAAACAACAACUAAAGGUAAACAACAACAAUGAAAGACAAUGAAAGGUAAGCAACAGCUGCAGACAAGCAAUAACGAGUAAACAAUUGUGUAUAGUUCAUGGUAUCGGCUCAAA